UAAGUUGAAUCUUAUUUACGUAACAACGAACCGUGCGUUGUGUAUAUCGCAUUUGAUGGUUGCCAUUUGCAUUGAAUGAUAUCAAACGGAUUAUUUUGACAUGUUCUAAUGCUUAGUAUUGGACUUAAAAUAACUUUGUGUCAUCAUUUAUAACCUAAAAGCCAUGAAAUAGUGCUAAACCUAUAAUUAAUUAUCCUUUUCGUAUAAAAGCAGACAAUGGAUAAAUUUGUGUGCAUUUGUGGGAUCCUGUUAAUUGUCCUGAUUCUCACCACGGAGAGCCUGAUUGCAAACGCUGCUCCCAAUGCCCUGGAUCAAGCCUCUGCAAGUGUAAAACACACAGGAAAACUAGUUAUACUAAUGUUUAUUGCGACGGAGAGGGAACUCGCCAUACAAUUCGCCAUGAAAGACUUCCAGACAGUGUGUAUAGGCUUUACGUCUCUAACUUUAUUUUCUCAUACCUUUCAAUGGAAACGUUCCCUGCUGCGCUCAACGUUAAAAAGUUCUACUCAACGGAAAAUGACAUAUGGCAUAUGGAUAAUAAUACUUUCUUGCAUUUUCCCUCCCUAAAUGAAGUAUCGAUUUCAGAGUGUACAGUCAAAAAUAUAACAGAAAUAUUUAACGCCAUAAGCAGUAUGACAGAAAGAGUUAACCUUACCCUUUCUAUCAAAGGCAUGCGACUGCAGACUUUUACUGAUAAGCAUAUUAAGAUGCCUGGUAAAGCCAGUCUGACAAAUUUGACUCUGGAUAGAAACGAUAUUUCAGUAUUAAACACUCGUCACUUUGCUCAACUCAAUCGUCUACAACAUCUGUCCGUAGUUCGGAACAGUAUCAGUGGUUUCUCCGCUAGUAAAACACAACUCAAAGGUCUAAAGUCAUUAGACCUACAGAGCAACAGAUUGAGUGAUAGAACCGUCAGUUUUUGUUUUGGAAAUGGAACGAGCUUAUUUCCAGACUUAUUGCUUUUAAAUGUUGGAUAUAAUCGUAUUUCAAAUAUAAAAGACGCAACAUUUCAUUGUUUAGAUAGUUUGGAGACACUUGACCUCACGCAUAACGAUAUUAUUAUACUGGAUUUUUCAAGCAUCGAAUGUUUAAGCUCGCUUCGGCACUUAAUCCUUAAACAGAAUUGGGUUAAAUCGUCUAGUGGAAUCAUACCAGGAAACUUUCCACCAAAUUUGAAUCAUUUGGAUCUAAGCGCCAACCAGCUUGGGCCGUACACACCAAAGCUCUGUUCCUAUAACAGCAUGGCACGGAACACCCUUACAAUUCUGAACCUUAACAACAACCUUAUCGCCAAAAUAACAAGUAAUUACACAAAGUGUCUGGUAAAACUGAAGGAAUUAUAUCUCAGCAAGAAUGAAAUAGAAACACUUCAAGACAACGCUUUUGCCCACUUGCCAAAUCUUCGGGUUUUACAUAUUGAUAGCCAAAUGUUUGGUAUAAAACUAAUUGCUGACCAUGCUUUUAACAAUUUACUUCUCAAGAAAUUGAACUUGAAGAAAAACUUUUUGUUAGUUAGUGGAAGUAAACUUAAGAACAUUUUUGUCCCAUGCCCGCAUGUAGCAACACUGCAUUUAUCUGACAACCACGUGAAAAAUAUUACUGCUCUAAUGGAUAUGAUCACGCCUUUAAAGGGACUGACAAAGCUUACAUUGAAAGGGGUAGGGCUGAAAGAAUUUCCUUUUGAAAUAUUUCGCAGGUUUCAGACUUUGAAAAAAAUCUAUUUGGAUCAGAACAACAUAAAAUUGACGUCUCUUCUGUCGUCCUUGCAGUUUACUUCUUCAGUCAAAUACCUGUCAAUAUCGUAUAACAGACUACAAUUUUGGCACAAAAUAUUAAUUCCUCAACCAAUCAUGUCUUCAUUAAGGAAACUUUACAUAGGUCACAACUGGUUUGACUGUUCUUGUAACGAGAGUUCCAUAUGGUUGAGGAACCAGAUUAAAGAAAUACCUUCAGGCACCUUUCAGAACGUAAGACUUGUCGGCUGGCCAGAUAGUUAUAAAUGUCAUUUCCCCGGGCAUAUGGCUAGGACAUUACUCAAAAACUAUCGACGAACUGAGGAAGAUUGCAAACUACCAAACAAACUCAUACCUGUUUACAUUUUUAUUGCAUGUACAUUGCUUGGAAUCUCAAUUAUUGUAGCAGUUGCUUUUUGGAAAAGAUGGUAUAUACUGUACUACUUGCACAAGUUUAAGAAAGGCUGUAAUAGAAAAAUGGCAACAACCAACCCAGAACUUACUCACCUUUUAAAUCACGAUGGGGAAACUUACGACGCAUUCGUUAUUUACAAUGAAAACGAUUGCGGUUUUGUCGUUGGAGAUUUCCGGAAGCUUGUUGAAGAAGAACUAAAUUUCAAGCUUCAUAUUUGGGACAGGGACGGCAGUAUUGGAAAUGCAAGAUCAGAUUCCUACUUUGAUGCAAUGGAAGCAUCCAGACAUGUGCUUAUAAUCGUUUCUGACAAUAUCUUCAAAGAUGCUUGGUGCGAGUUCCAGAUUGACAUUGCUUUGAUGGGGAACGUUGAGACGGAUGGGCGAAAGAAAAUGUUUCUUGUCAUUUUGAGUCAACUUAAUCAAGAAUCCAUGAAGAAAUCGUGGUGUUCGUUGCUUGCCAAAACGUCUUCAGGAAAAUGGUGCGACACCAAGAAUGGGAUACGGGGAAAGGUGUUCGUAGAAGAUCUCAAAUCCACUCUUUGUAACUGUAAUUUGUAGAAGCAUUAGUUGAACUUUGUAUAUAGCGUACAUUAUGUUGUGGUAAACUGCGAAUUGUUUUGGAUUAAGAAUUGUUUUAUGGAAAUAUGCUUUGUGUUUUUGUUGGUCAUAUUGUAUGACUAUGUGUUCAUAUAUCUAUAUCGUUAGGGACACAGUUACAUUUUGGGGUCAGUGUUAUACAACGAUUAGUAAGUAUCUCAGUCUUAACAAUGCCCCCCCCCCUCAUUUAUUCUCGUGUAGAGGAUCAAACCUCACAGAAGUAAAUGGCAGCACGGAAAUGUAUGUCAUAGCAUUCGUGCUUAUGCCUUAAUGGUCAAGGGCACACUUGAAGGUCUAUGGGAUAUCACUCUGAAAAGGCCAGAUCGGGGGAAUAUCUCAUAUCCCAGCGCAAGCAAGUUCGUUUUUUAAACGCUUUGCUUUUAGGAUUUUUUCUUAUAAAGUGUGUGUAUACCACGUGAUGACUUAUAUCAUCUAUGCUACGUCGGAAGGCAUCAUUUUGCUUUAAAUAAAUACUUAAAUCAAAGAUAACUUUUCUUUAAAUACACCAUUUUAAAUAAAACCAAGGGCAGCCUAUGUCGCUUAAAGAGCCCCGUUUUCGUUUUAUUACCGAAGUUUCUUAAGGUGAUUAUGUUUAUCAAACACUCCGACAAACCUGUUUCCAAAAUAAUAUUUUGACAGUUCUCCAUCACACGGCCGUAUUGUGAAAAGGUUUGUCAAAGUGUUUUAUAUAUAAACUUAACUCUCAAUCAAUCUAUAGCGGGGCUAUGUAAGCGGCGUAGACUGCGCUAAGUUUCUUUAAAAUGGUGAAGAAAUAGUGAAGUUAUUUUUGUUUAAAGUUUUCAUUCGAAGCAAAAUAUUGCCUUCUGACUUAGCAUUUAUGACGCAAUUUAUCAAGUGGUAUACACGCACUGUUACAAAAAAAACAGUUUGCAU